AGGAGUACUCGUCAGUACUGUUCAGACCUCUUAUUUCAUUUGACGGAAUCGUGUCGAGUGGAUAUUCAUAAUAAAUUCACUGACGUGGGCUUACACUUAUGUGUUGAAAUUUACAUACAUACUUAUAUUGUGCAAAAGAAACAAGAAACAGAUGUAACAUAUUCUAAGUGAAUUUGAAAUAAAUAUUUUGUCUUUAAUGGACCUUAAAUCAUUUGAUGUUAAAUACUAUACAUUCUGCAAUUUAAUAACCCUUUGCAUAUUUGUUUGUAUAUUUGUUAUACAAAAUUAACUUUAAUUUCUAUCUAUGGACUUGAAAUGGUUUGUUCGUAAACACGCGGAGCUGCUACUUAAAAUACAUAAUAAAGAUCAACAUUUUAUAACGGCAUUAAAUUAGGCCUUGGUUAUGAGUUUAUCUUCAAGGGAUUUAUUGAUACCAACCGCAAUUUCCCAGCAUCAUCAAGUGGAUACUUCUAGAAAAUUAAACACGAACGAAUCAUCGGUACAAAACACCGUAUCUACAGCAGCCGCCACAGCGGUUGCACAUCACCACCACAAUCUUUCAAAUAUUCACCACCUUCAAAAUCUGCAUAGUCAACAUCAAAGUACUUUAUUUAAUAGUAAUCACUCAACACCGUUCAGCGUGACCGAUAUCUUAAGUCCAAUUGAAGAAUCGUAUCGCAAACUGGAACUGAACGGAAACCCCCCCUCUCCUUUUCGAUCCAACUCCAGUGGAAGCAGCAUUAAUUCCCCUGGAGCUUUAAAUACAUCAACUAUGGCCAAUCCCUAUACUAUGGGAUCUUUAUAUCAUAGCCCAGGUGUUCAAAGUUACUGCGGACCUACCGAUAACCUAUCUCUUGCUGGUCAUUACACUGAUAUGAGAAGCUCUGCAUCGUGGUAUGGAUCAACCGCGAAUGAUCCAAGAUUUGCAAUAUCUAGGCUAAUGAGUUCGUCAGCCAGCGGGACAAUGAGCCAUAUGGGGAAUAUGUCUGGACUAGCAGCUUGCAGCGUAAGCGAUACAAAACCGCUACAGUUUCCAUUAACACAAAGAAGAAAACGGAGAGUUUUGUUUACGCAAGCCCAGGUAUAUGAACUUGAAAGGAGGUUUAAGCAACAGAGGUAUCUUUCCGCUCCGGAACGCGAACAUUUGGCUAGUCUAAUUCAUUUAACCCCAACACAGGUUAAGAUUUGGUUUCAGAAUCACAGAUAUAAAUGUAAAAGGCAAGCGAAAGAAAAGGCCAUGGCUGAACAAAAUCAACAUAAUCAGCCUGCAAGUUCACCACGUCGUGUUGCUGUUCCUGUUCUUGUAAAGGACGGAAAGCCCUGCUCUGGAAAUAGUAGUUCAACGCAGACGCAACAGCAUGGCAAUAGUACUACGACUACGGGCAAUAAUACCGGGUCGUCUAAUAGUGGAAAUGUUAAUGGUGGAGGAGUUUCUGUAUCUGCCAAUGUUUCGAGUGGUCUCAGUCUUAUAACAGGAGAGGCGCCUAACUCUCAUUCACCAGAUACAUCAUCUACAUUACUCGCUAGUUAUGGGACUGUUGGAGGUUCUAACGUUGCUAUGUUGCAGCAACCAUGUAAUAAUACUUUGAUGUCGAAUAGCUUAGCAAUGGCGUAUAGAAAUCAGAACAAUUUUAUUUCUAAUGGACAUCAGCAGCAAUGUGGUGCAUAUUUGCCGAUACAAGGUCGUGCAUGGUAAAAAUAAUCAAUAGAUUAUAAUACCUAUGAGAAUGUACUCUAUUUGGAUAAGCAAGACAUAUUAUCUACAGUUAAUAUUAAAUGUUACAUUGGAUACCAGAUUCAUUAAAUGAUAUACUUAUGUUUAUAACCUAACUUGAAUAGAAAAUAUAUUUAUUAUAUGUAAAGAAAUAUUAAAAAGAAAUUUAAAAAAUAAGUGUAUAUAAA